AGGCGCUGUUGUCGCUGAGUCACAGUUUUUUGACAGCCUCCUUGUGAAAACAAACUUUUUCACCGUGUUUUCUCUCCGAUUUUCUCACGAUGGAGGUCCCUGAUACAUUUUACAACAAAGAAGAGUACGUGGAGACGGCAUCUGGAAAUAAGGUCAGCCGCCAGACUGUGCUCUGUGGGUCGCAGAACAUUGUUUUGAAUGGCAAGGUGAUUGUCCAGAGCGGGGCGAUCAUCCGUGGCGAUUUGGCCAAUGUCCGGACCGGAAGGUACUGCAUAAUUAGCAAAGAUGCCGUCAUCCGGCCUCCAUAUAAGCAGUUUAGCAAAGGUGUUGCCUUCUUUCCCAUUCACAUCGGCGACCAUGUGUUCGUGGGCGAGGGCUCAGUCGUGUCAGCCGCCUUAAUAGGCUCCUAUGUUCACAUCGGAAAGAACGUGGUGAUUGGGCGACGCUGUGUCCUCAAAGACUGCUGCAUGAUCGAAGAUAAUGCUGUUCUGCCGCCUGAAACAACGGUGGCGAGUUUUAUGCGAUACACUGCUAAUGGAACCAUUGAAGGCGGUCAGGGAAAUCCAAAUUACGUUCCAGCCGCUAUGCAAGACCUCAUGCUAGACUACACACGAAACUACUACGAUCACUUCAUCCCAUCAAUUGCGUAAAAAAAGCAUUUCCAACAAUGUAUUUAUAGAAAAUCUCGUGAAAAUGCAAUUUUCAUAA